AUGUUCGCAAAAUAAUUAAUUGAAAAAGCGUGUAGAAGUAGUAGAAAUUGCUACUUAUUUAAUAGGAAUAAUAUUUUUAAUGUAAAUGGAAAAAGCUUGAACAGCUUAUAAAAUUAAACAAGAUUUUAUUUUGGUGUAAAAAAAGAUGAACCCUAGCUGAAAAAUUAAAAAAAGAAAGAUCAAAGCGCGCAAAACUAAGUAGUUGAUCCAGUCAUAAUGGAUUAUGUCUUAGAUUAAAUUUAGAACACUUAAGAUCCUGAAAAAUUAGAAAAAAUAUCAAAAAUAUUAGAUGAAAUAGAAAGAAGAGAAUUGGAGAGACAAAAAUAGAUAGUUUAAGAUUUAAAUACACAUGCUGGUGUUUUAUCUGAAACAGAUGUAUACAGAGCUGUCCAAACUAUUUUGGACACUCCUGAAGAUAAGUUAAUCAAAAGUAUUUAAAACAAUCUUCCAAUAGAUACAAAUAUUUGGAAGAAAAAAAUUAAAAAGAGAAUACAAACGAUUCCAACAUACUAAGUUUUAAGGUUACUUAAGACAGUCUUCAAUUUAGAAUUAAACAACAUUUAAGGAGAAUUUUAAGUUGACUUAAAUAAUUAGCAAGAAUAAGAAAUAGAUUAUGAAGAACAGUAAGAAAUAGAUGAGGAAAAUCAAAAUGAUGACACAAAGGAAAGAAUUCCGAUUGAAAUUAAGAAUAUGUGCAAUUCGAUUUGGAACACUGUAGAGAGCGAAUUUACAAGAAGACUUAAAUUUAUGUCUAUUGAUGAGAUUGCUAGAACUGUUAGGUUAUAUGCUCAUGCAAACAGAUCUAAUCCCCAAUUCUUCAGAGAAAUAGAAAACGAAUUAUUUGAAAGAGAUAUGGAAUAUGUUAAUUAUAGAAGCGUUGGGAUGAUUCUAGAAGGCUUUUCUCAUGCAAACUUAGGUACAACAACUUUGUAUGCUAAUUUAGCAAGAACAAUUAAAGUAGCACAGUCUGAAAUACAUCCCUUAGAGUUAGCAAAAUACGCCUAUUAUUUUAGCAAAACACCUGAGAAUAUACAAGGUGGUUUUGGUAUUUACAAAAUAGCUGAAGAGAAAUUGAAUUACACAAUUGAAAUGAUGGAAUUUAAUGAUUUGAUUAAGUUGUCUAAAUAUUUUAUUGCUCAAAACAUAGGUUCCAAUUAAUUUCUUCAAAAGCUGGAAAAGAAAAUUCUUGAUACUUAUCCUUCUAAACAAUUCGGAGGAAUAUCCCCAAAUCAACUAACCAAGCUAGUUAAAAAUACAUCCAAGCAUUACUUUUAAUACAACGACAAGGCUCUUUUUCAUACUCUAGAAGCUGAAUCUAUAAAACAGGUACCUUAUAUGACAGUACAUCAGUUAUAAAUCAUUUUAUGGAGCUAUUCACGUUCUAGAAGAGGAAAUCUAGAACUUUAUGAAGCACUUGAAAAAGCCAUACUGAAAAAGCUAAAGCUAUUUAAUGCAAGAGGAAUUUCUUUUACUUAUUAUUAGUUUGCCUUCGCCAACAGAGGAUCUACUUAACUAUUUUAAGCUUUAGAAGAAAGAAUAUUGGAAAUAGGUAUAUAGAACUUUUAUGCACAUUACUUAGUUAAGAUAUUAAGCGGAAUCAAUAUUAGAAAUGCACUUGAAUCGCUGAGAGAUACCCUCUUAAUGCCUAUCUUGAAGCACAUGUCAUAGAUUGCUGUUUAAUCCAAAUACUCAGAAGCAAUUAAAUUUUUAUAUUUAUUAGUCGAGUUACCUCCAUAUUAAAUUAAAGAUUAAGAUAACUAAACAAAUAUAAAUGUCUAAAGUGAAUAUGACAGCUUAUUUAAAGAAUUUGAAACAAAUAAAUUCAUACAUAUAGCUGAUUAACUCAAAAUAGACGAAGUUAGUUAACUUUAUUUUGCUUAUCGUUCAGCAAAUAUUGGUAGUGCCUAGUUUAUUUAGUUACUUGAAUAGCGUUUUGAGAAACAGACAGAAGUUCCUAAACCUUAUUUCUGCAGAACUUUAUUCUCUUUAGUCUAGCAUCUUAAAUUUGAUUUAGCAAAUGAAUUUAUUCCUAUAGUUAAAGAGCUUAUGAAAUAUGGUGAUAUUAAGUAUUUCUUUUCACACGAAGACUUCAUUAGAUUAACAUGGAGUUUACUUUUAUAAGAAUAAGCACUUAGAAGCAGUGGAUAGCUACAUCAUUAUGAUGAAGAGAGGUAUUUUAUGAAACCCAAUUUCUGGUUAGAAGAGGUUUAUGAUGCUAUGUUUAGCAUAAAUCCAAACACAAUAAAAUUUACUGCUCUUCCUAUUUGGGUUUAGAAUAUUUGCAUGCUCACAUAAAUGAAAAUAAAGAAAAUGAAGAAAUUCUAAUCUAAACAAAAAGAAGAAUUACUUCAUAAGCUAAUUGAAAAAGUAGAUUAAAUUGAUUUUGAGUAUAAAAAAUAAUAUGUAUAAAGGGAUCUUAAAUAAUUUAGCACAACCAAAAAAGAAAUACACUAAGAAUUAUCAAGUCGUAUGGCAGUAUUUGGAGAUUCUUUAGACUAUCAGCUUGUUGAAGAUCUUGUAGAUGAAUUUUUAAAUAUCAUGGAUUCUGCUGUGUAUCUAAAACACGAUGAUUAAAUCUUAAAAAUAGGUGUUAUCAUUCUUAAUGAAUACCAUUACACUAACAGAGAUGUAUCAAAUGGCCAAGAAAAUCUUUUGCUUUAAGUUUAGAAUAAAAUAACACUCUUAUAAGAGCUAUUAGAUUGGUAGAUUAUUGUAAUUGAUGAACACUAAUGGAACUAAUAUUCAGAGCAAGAAAAGAAGUAAUACUUCUUCGAUAACAUCUAAUUUGAUAUUGAGUCAGAGACUGACACUUCUAACAAUUAAAAACAAGAAUCUUGA